AUUUUUAUCAGAUUAUAAUGUAACAGGACAAAUCAACAAUAUUUUACUUAAUCGGACUUCAUUCUUUAUUAUCUUGCUGUGAAAAUUUUAAGUUGCUUUGGCGCCAGAAAUCUAAAUCUAAAUCUCAAUUUUUAGAUUCAAAUAUGCAUCUAUAAUCGAAUAUAUGAAGGGUGGCUGUUUUGAAACUUAAAUAUUUCUUCUAUAAUUCACCGGAAGUGCUAUAUUUGUUUGAAUUCAAUAAUUUGGAAGCAUAAAGACAAGCUGAAAAUGGAGAAAGAAGCCACAUACAUUUGUGAUAUUUGCAAAGAAAAUGCAGAUGCCAAUGAAAAAAAAUCAAAAAAUUAUCGCUGGCUUGUUUCAAUAAAAACAUUAUUCCAGUGUGCUAAAUGUUCGAAAUACUUCAACAUAGGAUUCAGUGCUACGGAUAAGAUAUCAAUGACUGAUGCGUCAAAAAAUUCAGAGCAAGAAUUAGUUACCGGGCAGAGUGAAAAUGUGAAUGCCGAUGAAGGUUCCAGAACUGUACACAGACUCCAAGAAAGAAAGCCAGUCGAAUUAAAGGAAAUACCGCACAAAUGUGAUAUUUGCCUUCGAACCUUCAAAACCAAAACAGGUCUUCGAAGCCAUAAGAAAGUACACGACGAGAAUAACCCUUAUAGAUGCAAGGUUUGUCAUAUGCAAUGUACAUCUAAAGCAAAUUACAAAGAACAUUUAGACAAACAUUCCAACAAAAGACGUUAUAAAUGCAGUUUUUGUACUUCGGCCUUUAAAUUUAAAAAAGGUCUUAAGGAACACAUGAAUAUACACGAUGACAAUAAUCCUUUCAGGUGUGAAUUGUGCAACAAGAGUUGUACUAGUAAACAAGGCAUUGAAAGACACAUGUCCAGUCAUUCAAAUGAAAGGCGUUACAAGUGUACUGUUUGUCCUUCGAUGUUUAAAACUAAAAAUAACCUAACUACGCAUAUGAAAGUACAUAAAGAUCAGAAUCCUUUCAGAUGUGAAUUGUGCAACAAGAGUUGUGCUUCUAAACAAGGACUUGAAUGGCACAUGUCCAAACAUUCGAAUGCGAGACGUUACAAGUGUGGACAAUGUUCUUCGAAGUUUAAAAUUAAAGCUAGUCUUAUUAAGCAUAAGUACGUACAUAAAAAGCAGAAUCCUUACCGGUGUAAAGAGUGCAAUAAGAACUGCUAUUCUACAACCAGUCUCAAACAGCACAUGGCGUCUCAUUCCGAUGCAAGGCCUUACAGGUGUCAUAUUUGUUCUUCGUCCUACAAAGCAAAAUAUAAUCUCAUUAUUCACAGGAAGAAUAAACAUGAAGAGGAUAGUUUGAAAUAAAAAGAGAAAGGCUGCAAAAACUUUUUUUUUUUCAGGAUUAUCGCUCAAUUUUAGUAUCAAGUAAAAACACUCCUUGCAAGAGAUUUUUAGCAGAAGAGCGAGUUUAAUUUCACAGGUUCUAUAUA